GACACCCCACUCUGCCGACUCGUGAGGCCCCUUCUGGAGCUAGCAGGUAUUUUUCUGUCCCUCCAAGGUCACCAACAGGUAUGUUGAUACGUAUGGUAGUUGGCGCGCGUUAUGGUGUUCGUAUGGUAAAUACUUAGUCCUAUGUAGCUCCCCCUCCCCCCUAGGGAACACCGUUGGGUUGGGCCGACUUUUGGUCAGCGGUCAAAAAAUGCCCGCAUCAGUCGUUCGUCUGGUCUCCGUUGCCAGCCUCAUCCCCUGAAAAAUGUUCCAUGAAAAAACGGCAAAGGUUGAUCGAGAUCUAUCCAGCUUGCCACCACUCGACUUCAUUCAGUGCAUCGUACGCAUCUUGACAACAUCCCCGGCGUCUUGCUUCCCUGGAAUUGACCCAGUCGUUACCUAGUUUCAACCAAUCCAAGCCGAUACCUCUGCUGACAUGCCGAAUCGCAAGCGUGUCUCGCAGGCGUGCGAUUUUUGCAGAACAAACAAGCGUCGCUGCUCCGGCUGGCCGCCAUGCACGCAAUGCGUCCGCCGCAAGCGCGAGUGCACCUUUGAGAUGGACCGCAUCCGGCGGCCGGCAGUGAAGCCCGGCUCGGUGCCCAUCGAAGAGGUCGACCGUAUUGCCACCGAGCGCCGGAAUGCGGCCAAGGAGGCCAAACGCCGUAAGUCAUCUGCCUCAAAGAACAGUUCGGGCUGCCCGAAGCCGUCGACCGGGUCAGGCUCGGGAUCAGCGCCGACGACUGCGAGUGGCGCGACUGUCCCGCAGGCGAGUGAGAUGCCAACGCCGGUCAUGGCCGCUACCUCCGGGUUCGUCGGUGGCUACUCGCCCGGCAGUUUUUCGUCGUCUGCGGCGUCAUCGGUGCAGCCGAUGCCUGGGCUGUACGCCGGCGCACCGCUAGCUGGGGCUCCACCGGUGACCUACUCGCGGGUGAUGGCGACGGAGAUUCCGACGGUGCCGUCGCCGCUGGUGGCGGACCCGCCACUGGCCGGCCGGGUGGCUAACCGGGUCGGCGGCCUCCAGCUCGACUUGCUUAAUGUGGUGGCCAACGGUCUUCCGCCGGGCCUCGACACCUGGUCGCCGCUUCCGAACCUCCUCACGCUCUCAAACAUGACCGAGACUGAGCUCUUUGGGCCGGCCGAGGUGCCUGCGGCCGGCGCCGAGGCCGGCGACGCCUCUGCGGCGAACAGCAAGCGGCGGCGCGACGAUGACGGCGAAGGCCACCUCGGCGCAACCGAUGCGUCGCGGCCGCGCAAGAUGGCGCGGCCGCUGCAGGCGCCGUCUGGCUCUGUCUCGCCGUCGCCAAUCGGCAUGGUGAAGCUUCCGCCCGGCCCGCCGCUCCCGGCGAUUUUCCAGACGACCGAGUCGAAGCAGGUGCUUGCGCUCCUCGUGGAGACGUACUUUACGUACAUCAAUGCGAUUCCCGGCCUUGUGGUGCGGCGGAGCGAGUUUGAGGCGCUUGCGGCCGGUGGCACGCCCCCGAAGCUCAGCAUUGCCGUCCACGUCCAGUUCUACGUGGCGAUGGCGCUUGCGGCGUCGGGACUCAAGCACGCGGUGAUGGCGGCGCAGCUGAUGCAGCGCGCGUCUGAGCUUGUGCCGCAGCUCGCGGGUGCGCGCGAUGUCGACACGGCCGUCGCCCACACGCUGCUCUUCCUCUCGUACAUGGGGGUGAACAACGAGCUGGCGGGCACGUUCCUCUCGGCAGCGCACACGGUGGUGAGCGCGCUUGUCGACCGCAGCUCCGUUGUGGCGGCUUGUGGCGACUCUGUGGAGCUCGACGCGCUCCUGACCAAGUUUUCCACAGGCAUGGUCCUCUCGUCGGCUCACCAAGAGCAGGCGCGGUUUGUGAUGGCCAACCUCUUUGCACUUGUGCACGCGGACACGCUGGCCAAGAUCGAGUCGACUGACGCUGACGCACUGUUUUCGAUUGGAGAGGCCAAGCUCCGCGAGCACUGCCCCGAGUCGGCGAGCGUGCGCGGGUACCGGCCGCUCUCACGCGAGAUCGCCACGCUCCUUCUCUCGGCCAUUCCGACGGACAAGCUCUUCUCGAUGGUCUCGAUGCUCCUCGACUCACCAGGGCUGACCGAGGUCGAGCGCGGGUACCUGGCUGUGGUCCGUGCGGCGGUCGACACCUCGGUGAUUGUGCUCGACCAGUGGGACCCGGCGUUUUCGUCACUCCCCGAGCUCCGCGCGCUCCUCAGCUCGUUCACCACGACGCACCCAGUCGGCUCGUCGCCGGCCGAGGUCGAGUCCCGCAAGCGUGCGCUCGCCGACGCGGCGCCGCUCCUGGACCGUAUGCUCGCGCGGCUGAUGGCCAUCCGUACGCUCUUCCUCCGUGACGUGGCGGCCGGAGUGCCCAACCCCGACCUCGCUUUUGGUCCGCUCACCCUCCUCGUCCUCGCCACCGUCUCGACGUUCAUCGGCUUUCUUCACGGUAUUGGUGGCAACCAGGAGAGCAUGAACAAGAUGUGCCGGUCGGCGGUCGAGUACAUCGAGCUCGUGCCGCCGUUGGGCGCACGGCUGCUGCACUCGACGGCGCUGCCGGCGGUGCCAACGCUUGUCACGCUGGCGUUUGUCUUUUUCCGCGCUGGCGACAGUGCGGCGCUCGCGCGAUCGACAGUGCUCCUCUCGGCACUGGCGCGCUCGUCGCGUGUUGCCGCUGCCGCCCUAGCGCUCAUCGAGUCAUUGACCGACCCGAUUCAGCAAGUCGCAGCUAUGACCGGCACCUCGGCACAACAACUAUUGGCGCAGCAGCAGCUCGCGAACGGCAUCGGCACCAAGAACGCCCAGCACCAGGCCCGUAACGCUCUUCUCAACCGCAAGUUUGGCGUCCAGCAGAGUCAUCCAUCUGGCCGCGUCGACUCGUCGCCGCAGCCGGGCGACGUUGACACGCUCGGCAACCCUGGCCUUGGCCUCGGCACGCUCAACGUUCGCACGGCAGACUUUCUCUCGGCCGCCCUCAAGACGCCCAAGACUACACCCGGCACCGACUACAAUCCCGCAGACAUGCUCGCUUCCAUGGAUCUUUAAUCUAUAAUGAAACACAAUCACACGCUGAGA